AUGCGCGACUUGGCUGGGCCGAACACGCUCAUUUUGAUCGCAAACGUCCAGCGGUACCCUGUACACCAUCCGCUCGCGGAAACUAAGUUUUACACCGAGUCAACGGUAAAAGAUUUUGAGCGAACGGAGCUACCAGUGACGGCAUUACACUCCGAUUUCCAACGCACUGGCGCCGGUAAUUGCGUCAUUCACGUGUUUCGUCCGCGCGGCGACAAAAAGAGAAAGUCGGCGAGUAAAGAUGCAAAAAAGGAGAAGAAGGCAAAAAAGGAGAAGAAGGAGAAGAAGGAGAAGAAGGAGAAGAAGGAGAAGAAAGAGAAGAAAGAGAAGUCCUAG